AUGCAGUGUGUCAAUGCCUCCAGCUCCAACGCCACCUCCUUGACCGCCAGCCGUAUAGCCCCUAGCGUGGUCCUGGGUCUCUUUUUUGUGGUGGGCAUCCCCAGCAACAUUGUGGCAAUUGUAAUGAUAGCCCGCCAUAUGUCCACAGACAGAGGGAACUUCACUCUGAAGCUGAUGCUGAACCUGGCGCUCUCUGACACCUUGGGCCUCAUCACUCUUCCUGCGUGGAUCUACAACAUGCUGAAGGGCUGGGACCUCAGCCGUGGGGCUUGCCAGUUUGUUGGCUACAUGAUUGGAUUGAGUUUGUUUGCCAGUGUGCUGACAGUCACCCUGAUGAGUGUGCAGCGCUACCUGACAGUGCUGUACACCCAGUGCUGGGCCAGACUGCGUGGGACGGGCGAAAGGGUGCUGCUGGUCGCCCUGUGGGGGCUGGCGGGUGUAAUUGCCUCACCAGCUAUCCCAUUACGUGAUAAAGUCUCACGAUACGGACAGCUUCAGUGUCGCUGGAACUACAGGGCAGAUGGGGAGACAUUAGCCGUUCUGUUCAUGGAGACUCUGCUGGGGUUUGUCGUUCCUUUCUCCAUCCUGGUCACCUCUUAUUUCUGCCUCCACAAGAAGGUGAACCAAACCGCUUUCUUCAGCAGCCAGAGGAUGACCAAGCUGGUGACCAGCAUCGUGGUCACCUUCUUCAUCUUCUGGAGUCCCGUUCAUAUUGUCAUCUUAUUGCAGAUCUCCACCAUCUUCCUAAAACAUUCACUCCCUGAGACAUCAGCUAAACUAUGGGCCCUCACAGAAGUGGGGUGGGACUACGCCUCGUCUUUGAUGUUCAUCAACAGCUGUGUGAACCCCUUCCUCUACGUGUUCACGUCACGAAAACUGCGGCAGGAUGCACAGCAGGAAAGGGCUGUUUGA